AUGGUCCGUCAACUGAAGCAUCACGAGAAGAAACUUCUCCGCAAAGUAGACUUCUACUCGUACAAAUCCGACAGCUCGCACCGCGAACACACCAUCCGACAACGGUACCACCUACAAAACGACGUCGACUACAAGAAAUACAAUGCUUUGGCGGGAUCGCUCCGCCAGCUAGCUCACAAGCUGUCCGCUCUCGAUCCGGACUCGGACCCGCUCCGCAAGAAAGUCGAGGCCGAGGUGCUUGAGAAACUAUGGCGGAUGGGGAUCCUGAAACAGAACCGCGAGCAGGGGGCUGGUCUGAGUCGUGUCGAGCGGGAAGUCACCGUCUCGGCGUUUUGUAGACGGAGACUUGCCGUGUUGAUGGUUCGAAGUGGGAUGGUGGAAACCAUCAAAGCGGCCGUCACGUUCAUCGAGCAAGGACACGUCCGCGUCGGGACAGAGGUGGUUACCGACCCUGCGUUCUUGGUGACGCGCAACAUGGAGGACUUUGUGACCUGGGUGGAUUCCAGCAAGAUCAAGCGCACGAUCAUGCGGUACCGGGAUAAGAUGGACGAUUUCGAUUUGAUGUAG